AUUCAGCAACAGAAGUUCUUCCGUGUCACGGAACAUACACCAAACCCAGCCUACGAGAGCGACCAAGGAGCGGGGAGAGCGUGCACGACCAUGGAAGCCGAGGCCUUCCCGAUACGGUUCACCAAGGGCAUACGGUCCUACUGGCGCCGGAGCAAGUACCAGCGCGUGGACGGCGCCACGGCGGGCCGGGGCACGCGCCACCUGGUGCGGCUCGGGGACGGCGGCAGCAGCGACGGCAAGGCGUGGGGCGUGCGGCUCGGCGGCAUGUUCCGGGUGCGCGUCAAGGCGCCGGCCUCGGCCGUGGCCGCGGCGAAGGCCCCGAAGCGCGUGCUUGGCCGGAUAAGGGACGCGUACGUGGACGCCAUGCUCGGCGCGGCCAAGAAGCACUCGGCGGCGACGCACACGCUGCCGAACGGGCCGACCCCGGAGGCGCUGUGGCAGAAGCGGGUGCCCGUGCGCCGGUCGCGCAGCCAGGCGCAGGUGCGGCAGAAGGCGGACGAGCUGGGCCAGAGGCUCGUCCUCGAGAUGUACAAGUCCGUGCGCGCGUCCAGGGACCUCGCGGGCAUGCUCGAAGCUUCAAGGGCGCGAUAGCAUGGAUGCACUGCACCAGCGACUUGGAGGAAGGCGAAUGAUGUGUUAGUGUUACACAUAUGCUUGUAUAUGUAAGAUCAGUUGGUGAUAUGUAAUCUGUUCAUAACCAUGGGGCUUUGCUCUGCUGUAAAUUCUCCAUAAUUCCAUGACUGUUUGCUUGUGAGGUUA